UGAACCGAAAUUCUGCGUCGUCAUAUACUGUAUAAUAAAACGCUUUUAAAAUGAGACGUGAUAUUAUUAGUGUGUUGAAAAAUCCAUUGAUUGCGUAUUAUAAUAUAUUCGACCCUGAAAAUAUAGCACAAUUUGCCGCUAUUGCACCAGCCCCAUCCAAAGAUUUUUACCAUCUGUUAAUAACAUCAACUGAAUUCAAAUUGAGAUGGUGGAAGAUCACAUCAAGAAAUGAUGGGGCAAAGUUUCAUCCAGGUGAAAGUGUGGCAACUUAUGAGGAAUUCGAACAAGACGAUCGGAUGCAUAAUGAAAUACUCAGGGUUAUGGGCCAUAAAACACUGGACUACUGUCUGAACAUAUGUGCUGGGAAGCUGGAUUAUUUAGUCAGAAUACCGAACAAAAUUCUUGCGAAGAUACUUUUUUAUCUAAAUCUGGAGGAUGUUAUCAAUUUAGGGACUACAUCAAAACGCUUUAAUGAGGUGAUGGUUUUGUCUUUACCGUUUGAGUUAUUGUUUAUUCAAAGAUUUGUAAUAGCGAUUCAUUAUGGCGUGAGAUCUAUGUUAACACAACACUAAGUCAGCCAAGUAGACCUGUUGAAGAGUUAGCAAAAUUAUUCGGAUGGAAAAAGCUUCUAUUCACAAGCAAAUUACACCUUCAGAUGCAGUUACGUCGCUUAACUUUGGAAGAAAGUGACGACAAUGAAAAUAUACGAACAAAUGUUUCCCAUGAUCCUGAAUUGUAUUUAGAUGAAUUGAAAUAUGAUGAGCAUAAACCUGUGCACGAGAAUAUUCACUGAAUAGAAAACUGCAUGUUACUUCAAAAAAUAUAUGUAAUAUAAACAUAAACAGUUGGUUAAAUUGCUUCAUAUAUAAAUACAGUUCAAAAGAAGACUAUUA